AUGCUUUUGCUUCUUCUACCCAUACUCUCCUUCCUCCUCCUCUCCCUCUUCCUAAUCCUACUCCGCUACCGCAGGCUGUCCGUCCAACUCCCUCCAGGCCCAAAGCCCUGGCCCAUCCUCGGCACCAUCCUCCACGUCGGAUCCAUGCCCCACGUAACCUUCGCCCGACUCUCCCAAGUCCACGGCCCACUCAUCUCCCUCCGCCUCGGGACCUAG